AUGAACCCCUCUACCGUCCGACCCCCCACACUCAAACUAUCACAUCUACUUGCAUCCAUUCCAAACUUUUCGUUUUUCAAUGAGUUGAUCAGCAUUGCCGAGCCCGGUGGGCCCAACUCGAUUCUGCUACUGCAGCAUGACAUUUUCAAGAUCAACAAGAUAUUAGACGACAUUGACUUGUAUUUGAAUGACUUGAUUAUGGUGUUCAACAAUGUGCAGGACGUUUCCACCAAUGCUCCGAAUCUACUCGAAUGGUAUUUUGAAGGACGCAAUGCCUUGGCGGAGGUCUUGCGCAACUUGGAGUCGGUUGAUUCGAUUAUCUCGCGGCUUUUGUUGGUUGUUGAAGCUGCCGACUCUACGAGCCAGAUCAGUAGCAAUUUGUUGAGGAAAUUUGAGGAGAAUAGCGAUUUGCUUUUGGACGUGAAAAAGUCGCUGAUUGUAUUGAAGAAGAACUUGGACGUGUCGGGAAUCUACAAUGAAUUGAUGCAGAUGGUGAUUUGCUCGUUGAGGAAUGAAAUUGAAGAUUGUAUCAGGAGCGUUGUCAUUUUGAAAGACUUCAAACUCACUAGUCCCAAAAGGGUCCUUCCGCAGUUUAAUUUGGCAGAUAUCGUGAGCAAGAUGAAGAUUCACGAUUUUUCAAGCUCGGCAAAAGUCAAGUCGAUGAGACUACCGACGUUUAGCGACCUCGAUGAGAAGCUAUAUGAGGAUUACUUGCUGAUUGAAGAAAAAAUAUCGCCACUCCAGAUUUCUUUAAACAUUGUUCCGCAAAAGAUUGAAGAGUUUAAUGCCAUUUGCCUACAAUCGUCGUUCCAAGCGUGUCGAGAAAAAGUCUUGGAGAAUUAUGAAGAAAUGCUCGACAAGUGGAAGCAUCUACAAGCACAAAUGAGUAUUUUAAAAGUGGAAAAUAUCGACGCCAAGUGGAACCAGAUUUUCACUUACUUGAUUGAUCAGAUUGAGGCCCAAUGCAAUGAAUUGAUUGACGACUUGGCCUUUUCUGAUACCACGAGCACGGGACCCAACUCGGUUGUCAGCGAAGAUGUUGGCGUUAGGUAUAAAGUAUGCGCCAACUCGGUGCAAUUGAUUCAAAAUGCAAUACGCGAGGGCAUCAUCACCGAUAAAAACCUUCUGGUUAAGCUUUAUCGGCAAUUGCAGCCGAAAUGGAUCGAGGUGAAUGAUUUGAUAACGAGAACCAAAGUUGACCCAAACUGCUUCAAGCGACACCAGAAUGAAGAAAAAAGAAAUGGAAACGGAAGCAAUGGGCUACGGUCUUUUCGCACGAGAUCAAAAGAAUCCGAUAGUUCGACUCGGCCAGUGAGUAAUGGCUUGGGUGUCGACUUGAAUGUCGAUGUAGAGUCAGUCACACUACCAUUGAGUGUUCAAAAAAGAGACAGAACAGUUGACGUUUUUGUCGAUCACGCCGAGAAGUCGCCUGGAAAAAGCUUGAAAAAAUCCUUGAUUCAAGUGUUUGACAAUAUGAAUGUCCGCGACAAGGAGGACGAAGAAGAGACGUUGGUCAAAACCCCCGUACAGCCCAAGGUCCCCGACAAGAGGAGACCCAUUUCCUUUGACAUGAAUGGAUACAUUCAAAGCGUUUUAAACUCAAACGUGCGAAAGCCCUCUAAAAUCCCCCGCAUCCAUCCAAACUAUAUCCAAUUGGGAUACCCCAUCAUUGCUAAACGGAAAGGGUACACGCGGAUACCCGAGAUUAACCCCAGCCACCCCGUCUUCCACUCGCCAUACCGCUUAAAGAAUGGCGCUCGCAAUUCACUGCCUAACCCCUCCCCGCACUACCACAGACGCAAUGACCCAUUCCACAUUACGCGAUCAAGACAGAGCUCUACAGCUACCAUAAUUGGAAGACCCAACUCGCUAUUGAACGAAAUGAAGAUUCCUAAUUUGGCGUAUUCGAGAAUAUUGAGCUAUAACUGCACGUCGCCGGAGCGGCCCAUGUCUUCGUUGGGAUCGCGCUACGAUGACGAAAAUUUGCUAAAGACGUUGAACGAAGCUCGUCCCUUGUGGAAAGGGUAG